CUGCAAUUUUUCUUUGUUUGCCUUUAACAAUACAUAGUCUCCACAGAUAUAUCUUUUCAAUUUAUAUUCGCAUGUCUUCAAAUUCACCAAUUGCUUCAGUACCAGAUCCCAAUGACAAUACGAACAGUGCUGAUAACCUUAUCUAUCAGCAGCAACCACAACCUUUGCCGGAUGAAAUUGACGAUUUCGAAGGUCAAGAAGCCAUUCCUCAAAAACUGAAGCUUGACCUUAGAGGAACUCGCAUUGACCUUGAUAGAGAUACCUUAAUCAACUUACCCGAAAGUCUACUCAUUGCUAUGUUCCCUAACGGUCUAAUAUUACCUAGACCAGCAUCGGAAGAAUAUGACGACUUUGACGAAGACUACGAUAACAUUUCGCGCCAUUCCAUUGGUGUCGAUGAGCAAGUUAACUUUGUUGACUUUGACCCAGCUUGUUUGGAGUAUGUCCUAAAAUUUUAUAGCCAUGCUGCAGAAGUGCGAGAUAGGAACCAGCAAGAUACUGAAAUCCAACAAAUGUUGAAUAACUCAUCUGCUGCAACUUCGCCUGUUUAUUAUACACUGUUGACAAAACAGCCAAUCAUUGUUUUACGAGAAGAACUCGAGUACUUCUGCCUUCCUACAGAAAAGAACCAAUCAGUAAAGCAUUUAAAAUUGUCCUCUGGUCAGUAUCUGAAAAAACGAGACCAUAUUUUUGAGGCUCUACAACGCAAUAUAUCCAGGGAGAAUAAUGUAGCUGAACAGCACCUUAUUGAUAUGCUAUGCGAUGCUGGGUUUCAUCGAGAUGAUCGUUGGGGAUAUCGUGAAAUUGAGCCUUUACGCACAAUUAUUAGUAGCAUGGCACUUGUUUUACUGAAAACAGUUGGCCCAGAUAACCAUAUGGCCACAGCUCAAAAACUAUUUUUAUUCUGGAGAAAGCCUGCUAGAAAAUGCUGGUGGGAUGGCAACACUGUCGAGCUGGAGGGCCACAAAAUCCGUCUAUGGGCUCGGAGAACCUGGACAUUAGAAUUGGCUUUGGUGUAAGGUAUCGAAGCUUUUGUACACAUUGACUAUUAUGAGCCUCUUGUUACUUUAUAUUCUCAUUUGUAUACCAGAUAUGUUGUUCCUCUCUUUUAAUAUUUUUAUUUAACCAUUUUCGUUCCUCAUUUAUUUCCUUCCCUCCUUUACAAACCUUUCAAUGCUCCUUUUCAACAGCGACAUAAAUCAUACUUAUUUAGGAAAAUGCGCCUAGUGAUUUUAUUGCUUCGUCAAUUCUAUGGCAUUUGUAUAGAAGAAAGAAUGUAAAAUGGCUUGCUUUGAUUGAAAUAGAUCAACUACUUCAAAGCGUUUUCGUCGAUCUUCUCUAAGCUUGCCUUUUUAUCCGAGGACUUGGGUCCUGCCUCCAGUUUACCAAUGAUUACAUAAUGUUCCUUGAUCUGAGCUGAGUGCAAAAAGGUCACAUAAGAGUCACAAUUAGAUUAAUUUGACAGAAAAAAAAAAAAAAGUAACAUCAAACUUCUUGUCCCCAAGUGUAUUCCUAUU